UCAUUCGAUAUGUCUCUAUAUAUACGACUAUCCGCCACUUGUCAAAUAUUACGGCGACAAUUAUUAUAUCUUAUACAAUAUCCUUCCAAAUACUUACUAUGAUCUUAGCGUAAGAAGUCAAUAUAAAUAACGCUCAUAUACGGAUGACACAGCCUGUUCAGAACUUUUGCUGUCACCCGAAUACGGAUGACGCGACAGUCAAGGUGUUAACAGGAAAGUAUGAUAGCCGAGGAGUUAUUUGAACAGCUGUGUAGUUUAUUUAUAAAUUGCGCCGUUAGAUGGCAUUACAUAUGUCGGUAAUAUUAACACCUACUUUAUCUACUUUAGAUGACUCUAUUAAUAUCUCUCGCAAUUUUCUUCGUGUCAAGAAUUUAGGUUAUGUGUAAUAUAUGUAAUACUAACAGUUAUAAUACUUGUUAAUUGUUAAUGAAAAAAAAGAAAUCAAUCUAAAUAGUAAACGUUUUAUCAUAUCGAAGUCAGGUACUUGGAAAAAAAAUGCCUAUAAAAUAUAUUGGUCGCACAACAGAUUUUAAAGGGAAGACGUUGUGGGAAAUUUUAGGAAAUUUAAAAAAUUUUGGUGUGGGAAGAAUGGUAAUACGCAAUAAAUUUCAAAGAUAUCCUGAACCUUGUUACAUGAGGAUAUUAAAAAUUGCUACUCUACCUGCACCAACGAUGAAAAUACCCAAUGAAGAGCGUAAGAUGGUAGCUCUUAUUCAAAAUACCUUCCGUGGAAAAACAUGUGAACCAGAGCAAAUAGAUGGAUCAACUUAUAAAGCAGAUUUUAUUUUGGUACCUAAGGAUGAGGAGGAUAAAUAUUUGCGUUACAGUGAAACAUUUGACAUGAAAAUAGUACCAAGAACAAUGGAUUAUCCACCUCUUCUUAAAGAAAUAAUAAAACGACAAAAAAAAUCAGAAAAAUUAUUGGACGAAGAAGAUCUAAAGAUGGAAAUUGUCUAUCGUUGGUGCGGAGUUAAACGAUACAGAUUAGCAGAAGAAGGAGAAACGCCAACUGUAAACUUUGUAAUAGGUCUUGGAACACCUGACAGUCCUAGUCUUUAUGCGAACAUCAAAAAAGAAUCAUCGACUUAAAGACUUAUUACAGAAUAUAUAUAUAUAUAUAUAUAUAUAUAUAUAUAUAUAUAUAUAUAUAUGAAGAUCGAUAAGAAGAAACAUUAUAAAUAUAAAAGUACCUAAAUCUUCGUCCAUGAAAUUCUUAGUAAUAUCUGCUUUCUCCUCUGCAAGAGCCUACAAUAUAUUCACAACAAUAAGCCAUUAAUAUAAUAUUGACAUUCAGUAAGUACAAUUCCAAAUACCUUCCAAAAUUGUCUCAUUUCUUGUACAUUAUCGCACUUUCUAACUAACCAGCCACGGACAUAUUUUUGUAUAUACAAAGCUGCUUCAUCCUUGGUUAAGAGCCAGGACAAUGGAAAGAUGGGUCUCGGACUAUAGAAUGUAUUCUUUUAAAUAUUUUAUAUAAUACUUUAAUUAUCCUACCUCAUCUGACCGUACUGUAAACGUAAUAAUAACUUAAAUUGCGGUAUCUCGAAUACCGUGUGCCAUUUAAGUGCACGUUUUGGAUAUUUUGGAUUAAGAUUCCACAAAAUUUCAGCCAAAUAAUCAAGACCAUUAAAUCGACACUUUUGUAUCUAAAUACGAUUUGUAAAAACAAUUACUUUUUAUAGAACAUAUUAUAUUCAAUGUGACAAGAUAUACAUAUGUAUAAUUUACUCGAAGAGCGUCCCAUCGACGAGCUUCGACUAGCAUAUUUUCCAUCGCUGGUAAUAAUAAAGGAAAUAUUUUUCUAUUCAAAUAGUUAGAUAGUCCAUCUUGAUAAGGUAUUACGAUCGACGAACGUUCCUUUUCUUUUUUCCAUUCGGUGUACUGUGAUUGUUUUUUCUCGUACUCGUCGAUAAUAGAUUGCCACAAAUUUUCCUCUUGUUUAUCAUUGAUAUUUAACUCUUGUAGAGAAAAACUUUCUCUUCUUUGACAUUGAACGUUAUUAUUAUUAGUUUCUACAUCCUGAUAGCAACCAGAACAAAUUUCAUUCCCGGCGAUAUAUUCUUUGGCUAAUCUAGAAAACAUCAUUCCUUCUUAAAUAAAUGAUUAGUCUUAUUCAAGUAAAAUCAUCUCUUCGUUUUUUUUCUUUUUUUAUUAUUUUUUUUUUUUUUUUUUUUUUUUUUUUUUUUUUUUUUUU